AUGUAUUAUUCUUAUAAUUAUACUACAAAACAAUAUGAAAAAUGUGAUGCAAAUCUUAUAUUAUCACUACCAGGUCAACAAUUUUAUUGUCAAGAAUCAAUUCCUAUUCAAUUACCUUCAUUACUCCCUCCAAUUCAAUUUGUUUAUGAAAUUGUUCCAAAUAAUACAUCAUUUCUUUUUAGCUCUUUAAAAGUGAAUGAAGAUGGUGAAAGAGUUCUUAGAGUUAAAGAUGCUCCUCUUAUUGAUUAUUAUAAUGACCUUCCUGACUUUUAUUCUUCUAAUUCAAUCAUUCAAAAAAUGGAACAAUCUAUCAAAAAUACUUUAGACUGGAUGACUUCUAUUGCUAGAACAAAUUAUAGAACUCCAAUUGAUACUCAAAUUGUUAAAUUACUUAUUUAUGCUUUUCAAAAUUCUAAUGAUAUUAAAAUGAAAAUUAUUGCAGAAUCUGUUAAUAUUUUAAUAAAUGAAUGA